GUCGGUUCAUUGUUUGUCUCCCGUCUCCCUCCAUGUUGGUCACGAGAGAGCUGGACUGACUGCCAGACUGUGACGAGGACUUGCUGAGGAUGUACUGUAGGAUGAGAGAGAUGGAGCACACAGAGGUGGGGAAGCCAGAAUCGUUGGAGGAUCUGAUAAAAAUCCUGCAUCAAAUUUUCGAGAGUGACAACAUCAAUGUUGAGGAGGUCCAAAAUAUAAUGGAGGCAUAUGAGAGCAACCCCCAGGACUGGAUGAAGCAUGCAAAGUUCGACCAGUACAGGUACACAAGAAACUUGGUGGACGAGGGUAACGGGAAAUUCAACCUCAUGAUUCUGUGCUGGGGAGAAGGCCAUGGCAGUAGCAUCCAUGAUCACUCGGACUCGCAUUGUUUUAUGAAGCUGCUGCAGGGUCAGCUGAAGGAGACCCUGUUUGACUGGCCGGAGAAUAAAUCCAAAGGAGAAAUGGUCCUGAAGUCACAGAGAAUCCUCCAGGAAAACACGGUUGCUUACAUUAAUGACUCCAUUGGUCUGCAUCGUGUGGAAAAUGGCAGCCACACAGAGUGCGCUGCCAGUUUGCACCUGUACUGUCCCCCGUUCCAGGCCUGCCAGACCUUCGACCAGCGGACGGGGCACACGAACAUCGCCAAGAUGACCUUCUGGAGCAAAAACGGGGAGAGAACUCCAUUUGAGACCACAGUUUCACAAGAGAACAACUAAUGGUCGCUCCUGAUGAUGAAGACACACGCAUUUAAAAUGACAAUGUUGUGAAAUUGUUUCAAGGAAAAACUGCUGGGGAAGCGAAAUGUGGACCUACUAUCACUAAACAACCCAUUUAAAAAAAAUCAGGAGCGGGCUGGUUCAAAAGGACAACCCAGUAAUUAGAAUGGCUUUAUCGCUGCCCAGUGUGAGCUUGGCAAAUACUGAUGAGCACAGGACGAAUGCAUGAAUAGGCUUGGACAUGGAUUGAAUCUGCCUUUUGUUUGCUGGGCCUGAGGAGACCCUUUUCCAAUAACAACAUUCCUGUUCAUCCAUGACCUGUGUAACCACACUUUUGUAAAGUUAUGGCCCAUAGUCUAAGAGUAUAGUUUUAGCUUUUCAAAGAGGGGGGAAAUAUUGCUUUUAUAGUGUUUAAUUUUUAUCUGAAGAAAAAAAAACGUUUUCUGCAAUCAACAGUUUUGUUAUCGAUGGAGCACUUUUAUAGCUGUAUUUACUGUCAAUUUAUACCACUCAAAAUUGUCUUAACACCUGUUGCAAAUCUCAAAUUGUACCCAUUUUUUUGUUUUGUUUGCAUUUGGUAAAAAGAAAUGUAAAGCUUUAGAGUUGUGUUGUUUUUAAAAGUGCGAUGGUUGUAAUUUAUUUGCGGGGGAAGAGUUUUUUAAUCAGCGAGCUUCCGUGUUACUUCUUAAUGUAUUCAUCCUUAAGUUUUAAACAAGUCUUUUGUAUUAUUAGACAAUAUGUUCAGAUAAAGCUCAUACCUUUUCUCAGGAUUUUGGCAUAUUUUACUUGUAGCUGUAUUUAUAUAGUGUGUAAUUUUUGCAGCAUAGCGCCUCUCCUAGCACUGUCAAAUGCAUGAAUGAUUUCUGUGAUGCAGUAAAAGAUAAAUCUGGCCAUAACUGUAGCGCAAUAAAACCAUUACACUUUCAUAGAACUGCA